GGAUUGCGCCAUUCUCAUUUCAAAUUAUGUAUGACAAAUUUAUGGAUAACCAUGUAAAAAAUUCUACAACGAGAGGAGUCAAUUAUUUAGAUAUAUAGGCCGGGUUAUGCAUUUGAUCAAGCACAUGUAGCGCAACUGAAACUUCGCAACUCCCUGAGCUCUCUCUGAGCUCUCUCUGCCACCGCCACCAUGUCCACCGUUAUCGAGUUUCUCUCUCUUCCAACGUAGCCGUCCUCUCUCUCUCUCUCUCCUCUCUCUCUCCCAACUGGAUCACACUCAUUCCUAUUGAUUUCGGAAACAGUCUCUAGUUCUCUCAAUUACACUGUUUCUGUGUCAUCUCUGUUGCUGCUUCUUGAAAGUGAUGAGCACAUACGAGGACUCGUUUUACACGGCGUGUAACAAUCUCUAUGGUGUCUGUCUCAAAAUUGCUGGUGGCCUGCAAAAGGCCUAUCUCGGAAUUCUUGCUGCCUAUCGUUGGGUGAGGUCCGUCCGAAUUAGGUCCUUCUUGAUCUUGCUCAUGAUCGCUUUGCAGAUCGGUAGUGCAAUAGCCGAUCAAUUUAUGGAUGCUGAGAAAUCCAAGGUUAACAACAUUCUCGUCAGUGUAUUUUACGCCAUUCUGGUAUGCAUUGAAAGAGUUGUUCGACGGAAAAGAUUUUGCAUCGUUACGGUAACUGACGCUAUGACGAUAGCGUCCACAAUCUGCCAGUGCUGUUGGCGUUACUGGGAUGCAUAUCUCCCCUGUUAUUUCAAUGUCUUCUCUGCAAUGGGGGCGUUGUUCCAGAUCAUGAGUCUCUACACCGACGAGGACAACGAAGUCAUUGUUCGUUGUGACCUAGGUGAACAUUCGGGCAUGAUUUUGAAAAACCUUGGAGAAUUCCCGGAAGGAAUUUACGUUGAAUGCCCCUUCUGUAAAAUUCCUUGAAGGUGGAUCAUGGAGACAUACUGCAAGGAAGGUGGACAUACUAUAGAUACUGAUCACAGACUAGUCUAGAUACUGAUUACAUACUACACUAGCUACUUCAUUUUAUAUUUUGUGUGGGCGGUGCUUUAGAUGAUACUGAUUCAUUCCUGGGGCUAUAGAUUGCAUUAGUACUCCCACACUUACACUCAUACUUACGAUCUGGGCUAUAGACUGCACCAGUACUCACACAUACGUUGCAUACUUACUAUUCUUCAUGAGAAACAGAAAUGUGGUUGGAACUUCUUCCUUGACACCGGAUUUAUUGUUGUACUCGAGAUUCUGUAUCUUUUGGCUUGGUUAAAGCAACAACUAAAUGUAUAGCACUUAGAUAGUUUGCUGGAAUAUGUACUUACUAUUCUUCAUGAGAAACAGAAAUGUGGUUGGAACUUCUUCCUUGACACCGGAUUUGUUGUUGCACUCGAGAUUCUGUAUCUUUUGGCUUGUUAAAAGCAACAACUAAAUAUA